AUGUCCUCCUCCCUCUCUGCUGAUGAUGAAGACAUCUUCGAACGCCUUCAACAGCGCAAGGACCCGAAGGUGUUGGAAGAGCAGCAGCAGGCUGUGAACGAGCGUACGCAAGCCAUUCUCCAAAAGGCUCAAGCUCGUCUUUCAGAACUGCUUGACCAAAACUCGACCUUGCCAUGCGCGAUCUCGUCCGUUCAGGUGCUUAGUGCUCCUCACACCCGCCGCGGCUUCCUUGAGAAGGUUCUCAGCCCCCUUCUCAGCGAGAACAAGGACCGACCCUAUACCCUGUCCGAGGCAUUGCGGGAGAUUUCGGCAACGACAGACAAGUUGGGACGAUUUGACCUGUUCCAGCAGCCAAUUGCAGUUCACCUGGAUGAGUCGAACCAGGACCCCUCCGGACCGCGAACUAUCGAUGUUCUUCUGGCAACCCGCGAGAAGUCUCGGGUGCUCUUGAAGACUGGUACCGAUCUUGGAAACGCUGAGGGUUCGGCCUACGGAAACCUCUUGUGGCGUAAUGUGUUCGGUGGUGCCGAGACUCUCAACUUGAAUGCCUCGCUGGGCACACGCACGCGGUCCGCUUACCAGGCCGCCUUCGAGACCCCGAUCCUGUGUGACCCCGACUUCCGCCUGGAGGUAGGCAGUAUCGCCAGUUCCACCCAGAAGUCCUGGUCAAGCCACGAGGAGGUGCUCAAGGGUGGUUGGAGUAAGCUCCGCUGGCUGUCGCAGUCAGGACACCGUCAUGAAUUGGGUUACAAUGGUUUCUGGAGGCAAGUUACCGGUCUGGCUGAGAAUGCCUCUCCUACUGUUCGCGCCGAUGCCGGCGACAGUGUGAAGAGCAGCAUCUUCCACAGCUGGGUCAAUGACCAGCGUGAUAAUGCUAUGCUGCCUUCUCGCGGCUACUAUGCCAAGAUCUUCAACGAGGUGGCUGGCUGGGGCCCGUUGAAGGGUGACGUUUCUUUCUGGAAGUCCGAGAUCGAAACUCAGGGUGCUCUCCCCAUUCCCAUCCCUGGUAUCAAGGGCGACAGCGGUAUCAGCCUCACCACCGGCUUCCGUGCCGGUCUUCUCUUCCCUCUGGGCUUGGACUCUGAUCCCCGCCCCCAGCUUUCCCGCAUCAAUGACCGCUUCUUCCUCGGCGGUCCUACCAAUGUCCGUGGAUUCCGUCUGUGCGGCCUUGGCCCUCGUGAGGGCGUCGAUUCUGUCGGCGGCGACAUCUACGCCGCCGGUAGCGCCAACCUUCUCUUCCCCCUCCCCCGCGUGGGCGCUGACAAGCCCCUGCGGUUGCAACUCUUCCUGAACGGUGGUCGCCUUUUGCCUCUUCGCACAUCGCAGAAGGCUGCUCCUACCACCAGCGGCGAGGUGCAGGAUGCCGUAUUCUCGACCGUCAAGGACCUGCAAACUGGCCUGCCUAGCAUCGCUGCCGGUGUGGGUAUUGUGUAUGCCCACCCUGUGGCACGCUUCGAGCUAAACUUCUCCCUGCCGUUGGUCUUGCGGAAGGGUGAGGAGGGCCGCAAGGGCCUGCAGUUGGGAAUUGGCAUCAACUUCCUGUAG